AUGCUACUGUCAAGACUGCUUAGUUGUAUCUUUCUGCUGAAUGUUCCGGCUACGGUUGUUGCCAGAAGAGGCAAUGGUGACAGCGAAGACUCAAGCGACGCUUCUGGUGAUAGCAGCUCCAGCUCAGGGUCCAGUUCGUCCACAUUAAGCGAUAGCUGCGGUCCCAGACAUCAUACGUUAUAUAGCUAUGACCUUGUUCCUGGAAAUGCUUAUAACUGGACCACAAACGCCGGGGGUCUAAAAGGAAGGAAUCCGACUACAUACGACGGGUCCUACUUUCAGGGCGAGGCAUUCCUAGGCUACACCAUCACCGGCGGGACAAGAUGCCCUAACGCCACCGGCUCGGUUCGUAUGCUGGGAUAUGCGUGGAUUGGACCGCAGACGCCGUACCCCAAAGGUCCUGAAAACCCGAUAAUCAUUGGGUUCAAAGCGUGGGAGUCCGACAAACCAUUGGAGAACAUCACUUUUUCCUACGACUAUCUCGACGACUCGCCAUACUGUCCUAGGCCGCCUGAUCUCACCAAACUCACGACUACCAGAGGAUGGACGGACUGGGAGGCUCGCACCUAUCGUGCGGGUGAUAUCGUCCGCAUUAGUCUUUUGCCUGACCAGGCGCGUGCAGGUGCAGUCUUAUUUAAUGGAAGCACGAUCCCGAAUUUGGACCCAGCACCAGCCUAUGAGGAUGGGAAUAUUCUCUUACCUGCGUCAUCUUGCGACUCUGACGAACGACUGUCCGUGGGGUGGCCUGAGCGGACGAUCGUUACUGGGUCAGUCACCAACGAAACCUUGACCAUAAGUAUUGUUGGUGCAGGAGCCACUAAGACGGCGUAUAAGUACUACAAAGGCAAAGAGGACGAUAUCCAUGUCACGUUCAAUGUGACCUUCUCUGGCACCUUUGACAGCACCAACUCAACCCGGAGGGUGGCUGUUCAGCAAGAUUCUCAGCCCAUGCUCUUCUGGGUUGAUAAUAGCAGUUGUAUGCUUGGUCCGGAUGGACGGUUGAUGAAGCUGAUGUGGCUGGCUUGGACUGCUUUGUUCUUUUGUCUAUAG